UCUCUUCAUUUGUUUGUUUAUUUUGUUGCUAUUUUUUAUGAGCUGUCCAUUGUCACUGAGCUUCCUGAAAAUGCCUCCUCCUUUUGCAUGUAGGAGGGACACACAACUGUUAAGAUAACAUACAAGGCAAAUCCAGCUUCACACGUCUAUUACUUAUGUUUUUCCUCCUAGCAUGCUCAUUUCUGUCAAUAUCUUUUACUUCUGAAGUGCAACAGAAAAAUUCUUUCUGCAACGUGAAGUCUCUGUUGUCACAUCAUUUUACCCAGGGAUUGCCAGAAAGAAAGUAACCAGGCUGGUAACUAGAACCAACCUUCUGCACUUGGCGCUGUAGCCACGAGGAAUGGCAAUGGAAGAUCCUGACAGGAAGACAGAAGUAGUGCUGCUGGCCUGUGGGUCCUUCAAUCCCAUUACCAACAUGCAUCUGAGGCUAUUUGAGCUGGCUAAAGACUAUCUCCAUGAGACAGGAAAAUACAAAGUAAUCAAAGGAAUAAUUUCACCAGUAGGUGAUGCAUAUAAGAAGAAGGGUCUGAUCAGUGCUGAUCACCGAGUAACUAUGGCAAAAUUAGCCACCAACAGCUCAGAUUGGGUGGAAGUUGAUGACUGGGAAAGCAGCCAGAGUGAGUGGUUGGAAACAGUAAAAGUUUUAAGGCACCAUCAUGAAAAGCUUUCAUCCCCUGAUACUACCAUUAGUCUGCAGAAUGCUUUACCUUUAACAAAGCCAGGACGGAAGAGGAAACAAGAACCAAAUAGGCACGACCCCAUUAAGAAGAAAAAUCAGAGUCCAGAUGGAAAAAAUGUCCCACAGGUUAAACUGCUUUGUGGAAGUGACGUGCUGGAAUCCUUUGGGAUCCCCAAUCUGUGGAAGUUGGAGGACAUCACUGAAAUUAUACAAAAUUAUGGCCUUGUAUGCAUCAGUAGGGCUGGAAACAGCAUUCAGAAAUUCAUCUAUGAAUCUGAUAUUUUGUGGAAAUAUAAGAACAACAUUCAUCUCGUGGAAGAAUGGAUCACAAAUGACAUUUCAUCCACCAAAAUCAGGAGAGCACUGCGGAGAGGACAGAGCAUUCGUUACCUGGUGCCUGACGUGGUGCGGGCGUACAUAGAGAAAAAUGAUCUGUACAGUCUAGAGAGCGAAGACAGGAAUGCUGGGGUUACCUUGGCUCCUUUACAGAAAAAUGCAAGUGAUUCUAAGAACUAGCAGGCACUUUACAGAUAAUUUGCUUUCUGGUGUGAAAAGAUAAUUGCCCAGUAUACGAGGAUGGUUUUUUUGUUUGUUUGUUUUUUAAAUCAAUAGCAAGCAAAUUGUAUGGCUUCAGUAGAUGUGUAGCUGCUGACAAGGUUUGGUUUGUUUAACAUGGGGGCCUAUAUAAUCUUUAUUUCAUAAAAUUCAAUAAGAUUUUCACAUCUAGAUACAGUGUCACAGUUCAGUGAACUAAAUACAAGGAUUUACCAUAGUGUAUGAGAAUUACAAAUAUGAACAAAGCAAGUGUUCUGAUUUAGCUCAGACUACUCUGACUGAAAAUAGGAAACAACUCAGUGUUAUAAGUAGCAAAGCCAUCUUACUUUGCAAUACACUACUUCUGAGAGUAAAUCUGCAAUUAU